CGUUUAACGCUGCUUUUUUUUUUUAUUGAGCUGUCAAGUGGAGCCGUUACUCGAAACAAAUAUUUACCGGCUCUUUAAAGCCUCCGAGAAUAGUUACAUUAAAAAUCUCUGGGAAAAAAUAGUCGCUUCUCGGAGCUACGUCUUUAUUCAGUUGUCAUAUUUCUCUUCAGUCGUCAUGGGUGAGGUGGAGCUUUCCUGUCGGGCUUUUGUGAAGAUGUAUCUGCACGCCUGUCUGUUUCCGCGGUCCAGCAUCAACGGGCUGCUACUGUCCUCAAGUUCGGCAGGUGGCGCUGUUUGUGUCACCGACUGCGUCCCGCUGCUUCACACCCACCUGUCCCUGGCCCCUAUCACUCAGCUGGCCCUCACACAGGUGGAUGUGUGGUGUUCACAGACUCAGCAGAAGAUAGUCGGAUACUAUCAAGCCAAUGCCUGCGUCUCAGAUAACAGCCCGACACCGUGUGCGCUGAAGAUAGCUGAUAAGAUUGCUGAGCAGUUUGAUAAUGCGGUUUUGUUAAUGCUCGACGGCAGUAAGAUGUCUCCAGACUAUCGAGUUCCUCCGAUUGUGAUGUACGAGCGCAAGGAUUCAAGAUGGAUACUCAAAGACAAACACACGAUAAUGCUGAGACAGUGGGAGGAGACCCGGGCGAUAGCCAGCCAGAUGCUGGAGUCCGGCGAUCACGCACUAUUGGUGGACUUUGACAGCCACUUGGAUGACAUAACGAAGGACUGGACCAAUCAGAAACUGAACACCAAGAUAGCAGAGCUGGCCUCGCCGGCCAACGGGAACAUCUAGACUGAGAAGUAGCUUUUGUUUGUACUCGAGCCCAGAUUUAUUUAUGCCCUGACUUAACGUCAUCAUAAUGUGAUUUUUUUUUAUAUUUAACCCAACAGAGACACGAACUUCACAGAGUUUAGGAAGAAGUUUAUUAUCUUGACUAAACAAACACAAACAUGCAUAAAUAACAAAAUAUUUACAUCUUGGUACAUCUCCCUUGUAUCCCCCCACUCACCCCAUCAGAGCGUGCCUUUUGGUCCAGCCCUGCUGAUUUAAAGGACAAACUGUAUCACCUUCUCCACUACUACAUGUAUUUCUUUUUGUUUCUGGACCUGUUUUGUCUUUUUAUCAUGUAGCAGAAACAAAAGUCCGGUGGUAAAUAUGAAUUUGUUGAAGCUCAGAUUGUUUGGUUCCUUUCUGUCAGGUUGACAAUUGUAAGUAGCAUACAAAUAUAUAAACAUAUACAUAGCACAUAUACAUAUAAUUACAUUGUAAUAACAUUCUGUACUCACAUUAUUAAAGUCUUGGAGUCCAUAUUGUAAACAUAUUCUCAAAGGAGCAAUUAUUAUUUUGACAAACCUCAACUUUAGUUUCUUAUAAACUCAGCGAACUCACAAAGUAGAUUAAAACUUUAAAAUCUGAUUUGUUUGUCUUAAAAUGUACUGAAACAUUUACUGUGCUAAAUAAUAACUAUGAAGUGGACACGGUAAACUCUAAACCAGUUCAGACUGUUGAGGCUCUUUUUAUUGCAUUUAAAUCCACCGAACCGUCGACUCUGUGCUACUUCGUUCUUCCAUACGUGAGUUACUUUCUCUAAACGAAACCCAGACAUUCAGAGCUUCAUCAAACUCUUAUUUACUCCUGGACGUUUCUACCGUUAACGUGGGUUGUUUUGUUGUUUGGCAAAUUCAACACUACAUUCAAUAAACUGUAAUUUAGACCAGUUUCUCAUGUACCAAAUGA